AUGCCAGCUACUGCGAACUCGGGUAGCCCGCCCGUAUCCUCGGUAUCGUCAAAACCUCCACAGACACCUUCUAGUCGAGAACUUGUGGACAGUGUCGUGAUAACCCGUGGUCAUUGGAGCCGUGAGGGCUCCAAUGGCCAGCGGCGCUACUUUAGACCAAACAGCAACGCUGUCCAUCUCUAUGCCAACAUGAUUCACAAAACCACUCUAGCCUCGUUCGACAACGAAUGUAUCAAUGCGAUCCGCUUGGUACCUCCUGAUUCUCAGGAGUACCUUAUGAAUCUCUACUGGACUCAGAGCAAUAAUAUACUCCCGGUGGUUGAUAAGGAAGCUUUUAUGAAAGACCGCACAAGCAAUCAACACGCCAACUACUCUCCGUUUCUUCAUCUUUGUAUCUUAGCCACGGGUUUUGGCUAUUCAGACAAGGGGCGACCCGAGCUUAAGAGUCUCUUAAUGCCAAACUUGUCCGAGAAUGUCCUUGAACGUGAGCUGCGUCGCUUGGCCGUGGUUGAGGUCGACCGGCCUCAGGGGAUGCGUAGUAUUCAAGCUCUGCUCCUCUUAGGCCGGCUUGAAUGCAUGGCUGGACGUGAAAAUGCAGGUUGGCUGUACAGCAGCUUGGCCCAUCGACUCACGUUUGACUUCGGUCUGCACUUGGACGUUACUGGCCUCGAAGUAUCCGAAAGAGACUUGCAGACCCGACGAAUUGUCCUGUGGGCUUGUGUGAUCAGUGACCGCAUCUGGAGCCUUUAUUCCGGCAGACCACCAUCAAUUGAUCUCGACGAAAUAUCCAAGUCUGUACGAUCGCCUUUUGAGCUUAACAUCAGCUCUCUAAGCAGUUUAGAAUGUCAAAUAUACGGUCAUUUGGUGUCACUGCUCUCGAUAGGAGGGAAGAUAAUGCCCCGUGGAAAGGAUGAUGUGACCACAGAUUUCGCGACAUUAAUGUCUCUGGAUCAGGAGCUAGAGAUCUGGCAUUCCAAGCUCCCAGAAGCUCUCAAGUGGCAACCCAGCAACUGGGCAUCAGCUCCGACGAGCUUGUUUCACCUCCAUCAGCAAUAUCACACUAUACUUAUUUUGUUGCACAAACCAUUUGCUACGUUCGACUCUUACCUCGGAGGCACCAGGAGUGGCAGCUCCAGCAGUCUAGAAACUUCUCUCAAAGGCCACUGUGUGGUGCACUGUCGGAGCAAAUGCCUUGACCACGCAAUGUCAGUCUCAAGGAUCUUAAACAAGUCUCACAGUCGCUCGAAGGAACUUCCAACCUUUGUAACUGGGAUCGAACACGCAAGCAUUGCAGCUGCAGCCUUGGUGGCGUCUCUAUUGUGCAUGAGCGAUGCGAAAGAAAGAAUCAAGCCAUUGAAACAUCUCUACUCACUGAUCGGUACACUACACAUGAUGGACAGCAUCCAGGCUAACGCAAAGGGAAUUGCCGCCGUGCUUCAGGCAAUGAUUGAUGACAAUGACUGGGAUCUGUUGCUUGAUGAAGAAGAAGAUGACUUCCACCCCUCGUCCCUAUAUGCUCGGUGCCGACAAAAGCGCAGCAGCAGCAAUUCCGGGUAUCAAGAGCAGCCACAAGCUAAAAGGGAGAGAGUGACAGACCAGACUUCGCUCAAAACGCAGAGCCUACAGGGCUCUGGCCCCAGUGCACAUGCUGAGAAUGGCGCCACGUUGUCCAACGAAAUGUUAACUGACCCGCCAGCGUCGCCACCUCGAAUGCUCGGGCGGACCCUUUCCGCAGUCGAUAAUGAUUUGGGCACGAGUUUGAGUUCUAUAGGUGUAUCAAAUAUCGGGAUUACCACCACCGACAUUCCAGAGGGCAGCCCGUUCUUUUUCUCGAACCAUGAAAGUGGUGUUGAUUUCUCUUUCAUGCAGCCACUUUCGUGGGAUUCCUUCUGCGAUUCCAGUUUCGUCCGAAACAUGACGCUCACUGCGCCCUCCGAUGGACCUGUCUCCAUGACUCUGGACGGAGACGAUUCUACCGACCUCUGA